UACAAUACGUACGGAUGUCACGGAAAUGACAAACGGUAAGUGGUAUCGUUUAGUGCUGAAUUCAAAUAACGAAAGUAUGAUCUUUUGACGGAAAUCUACACUCUGAAUCGACUGUGAUGACGACGAUGUGAAAAGUUCCAGUUAGACAACGCCUAAGUGCCGAGGAGAAUAUUUCACUACAGCCCUACCGCGGUGACCUCACUACAGAAAAACAGGGACGUAUAAUACAGAUCUGUGGUCACACUUCGACUAACCCCGGAUUUCGAGCAUCAAAGAGAUAUGUCGGAUCAGGUGGAACAGUAUGAGAAGUCAUGGAUCCUUUAUCAUGUUCUUGACAGAUUUAUAGGGAGCCGAGAGAUAGUAACAAGAGCACGGAAGAAGUGGGAUUCAUAUGAGAGAGUUAGAAAUCACGGAAGGUCAAGAGCAUUCAUUUUUACAGGAAGUACGGUUGACGGAUUGAAUAUGGCCGGGUCGGACACGGACAUGAUGUUGAUUGAUGAAAAUGUCAUUGUUUUGUGUCACGAUGGAGAAACAAGUUAUACAACAGACAAUGCAAUGAAAUCCGUUUUUGUGAUGCGAAAUGCUUGCAGCAGAUCUGGUUAUGUAAACUUGGAAUUAGCUCACAGGUCACAAAGAGUUUCUAAACUCAUUUUUGACUGUAUUGUUCCUAUUGGCAAUGAGUAUUUUCUAUCAAGUGAAAUGUUUAAUCGAGCACAAAAUGAACGGUUUAGCCAUAAAUAUAAAAUUAAUUUUAACACUAAUGGUCCAGCCUCAUCACUGCAAAAUGAACACAUAUAUCACGGCAGGGAUAUGGAUGUAGUGGUUUCUCUACCUUGUUAUACUUGGCCUAAAGAAGCAGAGGAGUGGGUAACUAGGCCCCGCUGUGGUAGGUGGCCAGAUAAACCUUUGAGUGACCAGAUAGUACAAGAUGGCUGCCAUCUUGUCCCUGUGGGAGAUAAAACAUCUAGUGAACCGUUCAUGCAAUGGAGAAUUUCAUUUGUCUCUGCGGAAAAGAAACUCGUUCAUUCUCUCACUCAUAUACAAUUUUUAAUUUAUGGGCUUCUCAAGUACUUCCUCAAACAAAUAUCGGAAAUGUUGAAACGAUUACUAGGCGAUACAGACAUCCUGUCAUCCUAUAUUAUGAAAACUAUCAUAUUUUAUGCAGUGGAAACCACACAUGAUUCACUAUGGCAAGAAAAACAUACUUUCCUCUGUUUCAUGUUUUGUUUAAACAUGUUGAUAUCAUGGGUGAAUGCAGGAUACUGUCCCAAUUACUUUAUCAACAGAAACAACAUGUUUCUUGGCAAAGUAAACGAUGAAAACAAAACAAAACUUCUUCAUUUUCUCAUCGAUCUUCGUGACAUGACAUGGGGAUGUCUUUCAGUUGGUACCUUUAUACAACCAUCUAUCGGAGAUUAUAUGGAGAGUAUACAAAACGGAACAUGGGAACUGAUAGAGCCUUCAAAAACGCAGCUAGAACGUGAGUAUGACAUGGAGAGUAUUAUCCAAGCUUUUUCAUUUCCAUCAACUACAAAUGUCUUACCCGUGCUACUGCCACUGAUGUCCACAUCAACAUCAAGCGAUGACGAAUUUCAUGGUUUUGUUGGUGUAACACGAGCGAUAUGUAAUUCAGAAAUGGAAACAUUUGGGAAACAUACAACGGUCAAUGGAAACAAACAGAAGUACAAAUAUCUCAGGAAAUGCAGAAGACUGCUGACACCGUGUUCAGCUAUAUGUGCAAGUCCCGGUUUACUAACGCUGGCAACAUAUUACUACCAGACCGGGAACUACGCGAAAACUCUGAAAAUAUGUGGGAACCUUAUUUCUUCUAAUAAAAUUUACGUUGGUUAUGGUUCAAAGCUUGACAGUUACGACAGAUACGAAGACCUUUUUUGUGGACGUGGAUAUACUUUACAACAGAAAUGUCAGAAAGGAAUUAUAUCAGAUAUGGCGCUGAGCUCAAGGUCACGACAGUUUUGGCCGCCUCAGCUACACCUGGAAGUCGUUAAGGCUGAUUCGGCGCUUCCAAUCCCCCCAAUUCCAUAUGCUCUGUUCUUGUCCUUUCUGUGUUACCAGGAGCUAGACGACACCAGAAGUCGUGAUGCAGCACUGACACAACUUCACACCGUGAAGUAUAACGAGGAACAGGGAACUGGUAAACACUGGAUUGUCCACAAUCUGUUGGGAAUCUGUUACGAAACGAUUGGGGAUACAAACAGGGCACUUCGGGAAUACAGAGAUUCUCUUGGUGUUCAAACUGUGUUCCAAUAUGAUAACCCAGCCAAGGAGAGGAUUGAACGUUUGCAGCAAUAAUAGGUUGUAUUAUUUGAACGUGUCAGUUACAGGCGACGGGCAACGUAAAGCCAGUAUCGAUUAUUUAACCGAAUAUUUUUUUACCAGAACUUUUUCUGUAUGAAGACUAAUGGUCAUUCUUGAUGCGUCGUGCGUUGUCCACCGUAAACAACUGACAUUUUCGAAUUCUGGAAUCUCCGUGAAUCAAUUUCAAUUAUAUUUCCGAUAAAACAUCUAUGGACGUUUCGAGUUUCUAAAUUUCCAUGAAUUUCGACAUGUUCUAAGAACAACCACAGCAUUUAUAGAAGAACGUGGGCGACACAUGCAACAAAAUAAGCCAAUUAAUGAAUGGGAGUCUGUUACGGUCCCUGAUUGAGAUUUGUUAAAUGAUUUGGUGGUCGGGUGUAUAUUGAUAAUCUAUAAUGCAUGAAAGAAAUAGUUUCAGCACAUUUCAAUCUGGGGCGGAUUUUAGGUGUAAAAUGUCGGGUUUUUUCCCCAAUAAGUAUGUAUGUAUCUUAGUUUUCACUUGUAAACUUCCGAUUGUUGACCUCUGCAGCCACUGACAGGAUGUCAUUCAUCCUACUAUAUUAUACCAUUUGUAUCGUUUAAAAGGUAUGUUUCUAUGAACCUAGACAGCUGUUACUUGUGUUGAUUUUCAAACAUUAAUUCUCUUUGCUUAAAUGUUAACUAAUAAAUUCUAUUUAAGUGCAAGAGUCCAUAAGGCGCUGGGUCUGCUUGUGUUUAUAAUCAAGACAUGGGUGCGUUCGUUUAUCCGCUGGUUAAGGCACGCAGUUGGCACGGGUUCGUUCCACAUAAAAGAACAGUUUCGAACUGCGUUAUCAUUCUAAUAUGUCGACCAAUGACACACCUUCCCGGACACUUAACUUUGAAUAUUUUCAUUUGUAUGUUGGAGGAUUUCUAAUUUCCAAUACAUUGUGUUUGGACAUCAACAAUAAUAAUGAAUUUAUAAGAGCAUCAUUUUGCUAAUAACAAUAAAAGGUACACUUAACCUGACGAAGAUUUAACAUAUUUCAAACAAAUAAUAAAGAUAUCAAACACAUCUCCUGUAAACUCAAGAGAUGGUGAAGAAAUUUCAUAAAACAAGUACGGCAAUAAAUCAUUUUGUAAUUGUUUUAAUAAUUUUAUUCAAUCUAUCGAAAAUAUCAACAAACCAUGUGCAAUGAAAAAUGACUAUUUUGCACUGUUUGGAGUCAUUCGUUUUUUCUGUGGUUGUAUUCAUGUUAUGA